AUGCUACAACUAAUAUUUCUACUAUUAUUUUUUGUAUUACGCGUCAACACGAGUUAUGAUAACUCUCAAGUACAACAUCAAGCUGCACAACAACAACCAGCUAACAAUUUGGUGAGUUGCUGAAUCUGAGAUUUUUGAGAAACCUUGGAAAGUUUACAGAUUUAUCAAAUACCGGUCUAUCCUGAGAAUUAUGAUGAUAGUUUUGAAGAUGAGUAUGGAGAGGGGCCGAUUGCAGGCCCACCAGGACCUCCCGGGCCAAAAGGAAAACGAGGGAAAAGUGGAAAACGUGGAGAAAAAGGUGAUCCUGGUUUGGAUGGAGAGAAAGGUGUGAUUGGAGAUGAUGGGAGAAGAGGUCGAACUGGAGAACGAGGACCGAAAGGAGAUCAAGGAAAAGCUGGGACCAAUGGAACGGACGGUGAGAAAGGAGACAAAGGGGAAACAGGGAAACGAGGCAAGCCUGGAAAACCUGGAGCUAUUGGUCCCGAUGGUGAACCAGGGAGAGAUGGAGACCAAGGAAGCAAAGGGAGAGAUGGACAUCAAGGAAAACAAGGAGUAGAUGGUGUGAAAGGGAAGAAGGGUGAUAGAGGAGAUAUCGGUGAACGAGGAGAUAAUGGGAUGGAUGGACACCGAGGAGAAAAAGGGGUCAAAGGAGAAGCUGGUGAAAAAGGCGAUAACGGAGAGAAGGGAUUCAAAGGUCAAAAUGGAGCGAAUGGUAAAGACGGUGCGAGUGGAAAACGAGGGGACAAAGGGUCGAAAGGGAUUCGUGGAGAAAACGGCGAGACUGGGGAGAAAGGAACUAAAGGAAGCCAAGGAAAAGGUGGAGAUAGAGGGGAACGAGGUGACAAGGGAUCAAAUGGUCCAGAUGGAGCAACCGGAAAACCUGGUAAAGGAUGUAAAAAUUGUGCGCUAAGGUCAACACUAUCUACUCAAUCAACAACAGUAAGCUCUGAACCAUCAUCGAGUACCACGCUGGAAUCUACAAUCAGCACUUCUACGUCUACACCAGAGACUUCUUCAGCCUCUGAAUCAACAACAGUGAGCUCUCAAUCACCGUCGACUAGCAGCCCAGCAACUUCUACAACUCAACAAAGUUCAAGCUCUCAAUCACCGUCGACUAGCAGCCCAGCAACUUCUACAACUCAACAAAGUUCAAGCUCUCAAUCACCGUCGACUAGCAGCCCAGCAACUUCUACAACUCAACAAAGUUCAAGCUCUCAAUCACCGUCGACUAGCAGCCCAGCAACUUCUACAACUCAACAAAGUUCAAGCUCUCAAUCACCGUCGACUAGCAGCCCAGCAACUUCUACAACACAUCAAAGUUCAAGCUCUCAAUCACCGUCGACUAGCAGCCCAGCAACUUCUACAACUCAACAAAGUUCAAGCUCUCAAUCACCGUCGACUAGCAGCCCAGCAACUUCUACAACUCAACAAAGUUCAAGCUCUCAAUCACCGUCGACUAGCAGCCCAGCAACUUCUACAACACAUCAAAGUUCAAGCUCUCAAUCACCGUCGACUAGCAGCCCAGCAACUUCUACAACACAACAAAGUUCAAGCUCUCAAUCACCGUCGACUAGCAGCCCAGCAACUUCUACAACACAUCAAAGUUCAAGCUCUCAAUCACCGUCGACUAGCAGCCCAGCAACUUCUACAACUCAACAAAGUUCAAGCUCUCAAUCACCGUCGACUAGCAGCCCAGCAACUUCUACAACUCAACAAAGUUCAAGCUCUCAAUCACCGUCGACUAGCAGCCCAGCAACUUCUACAACACAUCAAAGUUCAAGCUCUCAAUCACCGUCGACUAGCAGCCCAGCAACUUCUACAACACAACAAAGUUCAAGCUCUCAAUCACCGUCGACUAGCAGCCCAGCAACUUCUACAACACAUCAAAGUUCAAGCUCUCAAUCACCGUCGACUAGCAGCCCAGCAACUUCUACAACUCAACAAAGUUCAAGCUCUCAAUCACCGUCGACUAGCAGCCCAGCAACUUCUACAACUCAACAAAGUUCAAGCUCUCAAUCACCGUCGACUAGCAGCCCAGCAACUUCUACAACACAUCAAAGUUCAAGCUCUCAAUCACCGUCGACUAGCAGCCCAGCAACUUCUACAACACAUCAAAGUUCUAGCUCUCAAUCACCGUCGACUAGCAGCCCAGCAACUUCUACAACUCAACAAAGUUCAAGCUCUCAAUCACCGUCGACUAGCAGCCCAGCAACUUCUACAACUCAACAAAGUUCUAGCUCUCAAUCACCGUCGACUAGCAGCCCAGCAACUUCUACAACUCAACAAAGUUCUAGCUCUCAAUCACCGUCGACUAGCAGCCCAGCAACUUCUACAACACAACAAAGUUCAAGCUCUCAAUCACCGCCGACUAGCAGCCCAGCAACUUCUACAACUCAUCAAAGUUCAAGCUCUGAACCAACCACUUUUACAUCUACUACAGGAUCUACAACUGGAGCAGAAUCGACUACUAUAUUCCUUCCUACGAAGCCAAAUUUUUCGUCGACUAGCAGCCCAGCAACUUCUACAACACAACAAAGUUCAAGCUCUCAAUCACCGUCGACUAGCAGCCCAGCAACUUCUACAACACAACAAAGUUCAAGCUCUCAAUCACCGUCGACUAGCAGCCCAGAAACUUCUACAACACAACAAAGUUCAAGCUCUCAAUCACCGUCGACUAGCAGCCCAGAAACUUCUACAACUCAACAAAGUUCAAGCUCUCAAUCACCGUCGACUAGCAGCCCAGCAACUUCUACAACACAUCAAAGUUCUAGCUCUCAAUCACCGUCGACUAGCAGCCCAGCAACUUCUACAACACAUCAAAGUUCAAGCUCUCAAACACCGUCGACUAGCAGCCCAGAAACUUCUACAACUCAACAAAGUUCAAGCUCUCAAUCACCGUCGACUAGCAGCCCAGCAACUUCUACAACACAUCAAAGUUCAAGCUCUCAAUCACCGUCGACUAGCAGCCCAGAAACUUCUACAACACAUCAAAGUUCUAGCUCUCAAUCACCGUCGACUAGCAGCCCAGCAACUUCUACAACACAUCAAAGUUCAAGCUCUCAAUCACCGUCGACUAGCAGCCCAGAAACUUCUACAACUCAACAAAGUUCUAGCUCUCAAUCACCGUCGACUAGCAGCCCAGAAACUUCUACAACACAUCAAAGUUCAAGCUCUCAAUCACCGUCGACUAGCAGCCCAGCAACUUCUACAACACAUCAAAGUUCUAGCUCUCAAUCACCGUCGACUAGCAGCCCAGCAACUUCUACAACACAUCAAAGUUCUAGCUCUCAAUCACCGUCGACUAGCAGCCCAGCAACUUCUACAACACAUCAAAGUUCAAGCUCUCAAUCACCGUCGACUAGCAGCCCAGCAACUUCUACAACACAACAAAGUUCAAGCUCUCAAUCACCGUCGACUAGCAGCCCAGCAACUUCUACAACACAACAAAGUUCUAGCUCUCAAUCACCGUCGACUAGCAGCCCAGCAACUUCUACAACACAUCAAAGUUCUAGCUCUCAAUCACCGUCGACUAGCAGCCCAGCAACUUCUACAACACAACAAAGUUCAAGCUCUCAAUCACCGUCGACUAGCAGCCCAGAAACUUCUACAACACAACAAAGUUCAAGCUCUCAAUCACCGUCGACUAGCAGCCCAGCAACUUCUACAACACAUCAAAGUUCUAGCUCUCAAUCACCGUCGACUAGCAGCCCAGAAACUUCUACAACACAUCAAAGUUCAAGCUCUCAAUCACCGUCGACUAGCAGCCCAGCAACUUCUACAACACAUCAAAGUUCAAGCUCUCAAUCACCGUCGACUAGCAGCCCAGCAACUUCUACAACACAUCAAAGUUCAUGCUCUCAAUCACCGUCGACUAGCAGCCCAGCAACUUCUACAACACAUCAAAGUUCAAGCUCUCAAUCACCGUCGACUAGCAGCCCAGCAACUUCUACAACACAACAAAGUUCAAGCUCUCAAUCACCGUCGACUAGCAGCCCAGCAACUUCUACAACACAUCAAAGUUCUAGCUCUCAAUCACCGUCGACUAGCAGCCCAGCAACUUCUACAACACAUCAAAGUUCAAGCUCUCAAUCACCGUCGACUAGCAGCCCAGCAACUUCUACAACUCAACAAAGUUCAAGCUCUCAAUCACCGUCGACUAGCAGCCCAGCAACUUCUACAACACAUCAAAGUUCAAGCUCUCAAUCACCGUCGACUAGCAGCCCAGCAACUUCUACAACUCAACAAAGUUCAAGCUCUCAAUCACCGUCGACUAGCAGCCCAGCAACUUCUACAACACAUCAAAGUUCAAGCUCUCAAUCACCGUCGACUAGCAGCCCAGCAACUUCUACAACACAUCAAAGUUCUAGCUCUCAAUCACCGUCGACUAGCAGCCCAGCAACUUCUACAACACAUCAAAGUUCAAGCUCUCAAUCACCGUCGACUAGCAGCCCAGCAACUUCUACAACUCAACAAAGUUCAAGCUCUCAAUCACCGUCGACUAGCAGCCCAGCAACUUCUACAACUCAACAAAGUUCAAGCUCUCAAUCACCGUCGACUAGCAGCCCAGCAACUUCUACAACACAUCAAAGUUCAAGCUCUCAAUCACCGUCGACUAGCAGCCCAGCAACUUCUACAACUCAACAAAGUUCAAGCUCUCAAUCACCGUCGACUAGCAGCCCAGAAACUUCUACAACACAUCAAAGUUCUAGCUCUCAAUCACCGUCGACUAGCAGCCCAGCAACUUCUACAACACAUCAAAGUUCAAGCUCUCAAUCACCGUCGACUAGCAGCCCAGCAACUUCUACAACUCAACAAAGUUCAAGCUCUCAAUCACCGUCGACUAGCAGCCCAGCAACUUCUACAACUCAACAAAGUUCAAGCUCUCAAUCACCGUCGACUAGCAGCCCAGCAACUUCUACAACACAUCAAAGUUCAAGCUCUCAAUCACCGUCGACUAGCAGCCCAGCAACUUCUACAACUCAACAAAGUUCUAGCUCUCAAUCACCGUCGACUAGCAGCCCAGCAACUUCUACAACACAACAAAGUUCAAGCUCUCAAUCACCGCCGACUAGCAGCCCAGCAACUUCUACAACUCAUCAAAGUUCAAGCUCUCAAUCACCGUCGACUAGCAGCCCAGCAACUUCUACAACACAACAGGUUCAAGCUCUACAAUCACCGUCGACUAGCAGAAUCGACUACUUUCUUACUACACAACAAAGUUCAAGCUCUCAAUCACCGUCGACUAGCAGCCCAGCAACUUCUACAACACAACAAAGUUCAAGCUCUCAAUCACCAUCGACUACCAGCCCAGCAACUUCUACAACACAACAAAGUUCAAGCUCUCAAUCACCGUCGACUAGCAGCCCAGCAACUUCUACAACACAACAAAGUUCAAGCUCUCAAUCACCGUCGACUAGCAGCCCAGAAACUUCUACAACACAACAAAGUUCAAGCUCUCAAUCACCGUCGACUAGCAGCCCAGCAACUUCUACAACACAUCAAAGUUCAAGCUCUCAAUCACCGUCGACUAGCAGCCCAGAAACUUCUACAACUCAACAAAGUUCAAGCUCUCAAUCACCGUCGACUAGCAGCCCAGCAACUUCUACAACACAACGAAGUUCAAGCUCUCAAUCACCGUCGACUAGCAGCCCAGCAACUUCUACAACUCAACAAAGUUCAAGCUCUCAAUCACCGUCGACUAGCAGCCCAGCAACUUCUACAACACAUCAAAGUUCUAGCUCUCAAUCACCGUCGACUAGCAGCCCAGCAACUUCUACAACACAUCAAAGUUCUAGCUCUCAAUCACCGUCGACUAGCAGCCCAGCAACUUCUACAACACAUCAAAGUUCAAGCUCUCAAUCACCGUCGACUAGCAGCCCAGCAACUUCUACAACACAACAAAGUUCAAGCUCUCAAUCACCGUCGACUAGCAGCCCAGCAACUUCUACAACACAUCAAAGUUCUAGCUCUCAAUCACCGUCGACUAGCAGCCCAGCAACUUCUACAACACAUCAAAGUUCAAGCUCUCAAUCACCGUCCACUAGCAGCCCAGCAACUUCUACAACACAACAAAGUUCUAGCUCUCAAUCACCGUCGACUAGCAGCCCAGCAACUUCUACAACACAACAAAGUUCAAGCUCUCAAUCACCGUCGACUAGCAGCCCAGCAACUUCUACAACACAACAAAGUUCAAGCUCUCAAUCACCGUCGACUAGCAGCCCAGCAACUUCUACAACACAACAAAGUUCAAGCUCUCAAUCACCGUCGACUAGCAGCCCAGCAACUUCUACAACACAACAAAGUUCAAGCUCUCAAUCACCGUCGACUAGCAGCCCAGCAACUUCUACAACACAACAAAGUUCUAGCUCUCAAUCACCGUCGACUAGCAGCCCAGCAACUUCUACAACACAACAAAGUUCAAGCUCUCAAUCACCGUCGACUAGCAGCCCUGUAACUUCUACAACACAACCAAGUUCAAGCUCUCAAUCACCGUCGACUAGCAGCCCAGCAACUUCUACAACACAACAAAGUUCAAGCUCUCAAUCACCGUCGACUAGCAGCCCAGCAACUUCUACAACACAUCAAAGUUCAAGCUCUCAAUCACCGUCGACUAGCAGCCCAGCAACUUCUACAACACAUCAAAGUUCAAGCUCUCAAUCACCGUCGACUAGCAGCCCAACAACUUCCACAACAGAUCAAAGUUCUAGCUCUCAAUCACCGUCGACUAGCAGCCCAGCAACUUCUACGAUACAACAAAGUUCAACUACCACAACAACAACAUCAAAUGAAUGUAUUGAUUUUGUUUGUGAUGAAGGAUGGAUUACAACUACCAGAAAUGGAACACCGUAUUGUUUGAAAGUAAGUUAACAAUGAGAAAUAUUGUUAUAAUUAAAAAAAUUGAAAAACGUCCAGCUUUUCUUUGAAUGGACAAGAAACUUCACAGAAGCACAAAACUAUUGUUCUGAUCGUUAUAAUGCAGAUUUAUCAGGUCCAGAAACAGAAAAUGAUUAUGAAAAUAUAAUGGGUCAGUUUUUAUUUGGUAAUUUCGUUAUUUUUCAAAAAUCAUUCUCUAGACCAAGCGUAUUCCGAUCCUGUUAUUCUCGCUGGUUAUAAACAUAGAAAUUAUACAAAAGUUUAUAUGGUUAUUGGAGUAAAAAGAACAGAAAAUUGCACAACUGAUUCUGGAACAAAACCAGAAUGUGCAUUACCAAAUGUGAGUUGGUUUUUCUAGUAUUUUCACAUUAUCUCUAAUUUUAGGGUUAUGAAUGGACAGAUGGAGUAAGCACAUCCAAUUAUUUGUUCCAAAAUCAUUUCAUUGAAAGUGGACCGGAAACGUAAGUUUGAUUGAUCUGCUUUGAAUUUUGAAUUUUUAUUUAGAAUGUUAUAAAUUCACCGGCACAUAAAAAUAGUGAGAUCAAAGGGAGAGAGAAAAAAGGGGUAAUUCACAUGAAAUCGAAAAAUAAAUAGGGUGAAUAAAAUAACUUCCCAAAUUUUUAAAAGACCUAAAUCCCGCAAGAGACCUGGUCAGUUGGAGGUUUUGACAAAGAGAUAAGAAAGAGUGUGCGAGAAUCUGGCCGUAAGGGUUCAUGAUAAAAGCGAUGCGUUCAAACCAUUAAUCAAUAUUCUGAACGAUUGCACUGAAGAAUUCAUUUCAAUGAGGUGCGAUAAAGAGUUCCACUUGGGAACUGUAUGUGAGAAAAAAGACUUGUGGCAUUUUUUGAGUUAAAACUAGGCGGGCUGGGUGACGUGGAAGUGUUGAGAAGCUGAUGAAGUCAAAUGUUUCUGGCUGGUGAGAAAAUCCAUUAAGGGCUUUGAAAAGAUGAAUAAUAUUGGCUCUGGAUCUACGAGUAUGGGUUGACACCAUGUUGAUCUGUUUGAGGCGAUCCUCAUAAGAUUCAAAUGGCAUAUUACAACGAUUGAAGACUUUACGGGUGAAUUGACGUAAUGGAUUUUCUAGGUUAUUUGAUAGAUUUUUAGUUAGGAAGGGGUCGUAAACUUCGCUACAAUAUUCUAGAAUGGGGAGGACAUACAUUUUGAAGAGAAAUGCGUAGGGUUUUAUUGUGCUAAAAUGGAAGUUACGGAGAAUUUGAAUUGAUCUAAGAUUGGCGAUAUUAACAAUACUGGUAGUAUUUUUCUCAAACGUUAGGUUAUUGUCAAUUAUUACCCCGAGAUCCCGAACAUGUUCUUUGUGCGGUAUUAUGAUGUUGUUAGCCACGUAAUUUGCUCUCUUAUUUUUCCUACCGAAGUACAUGACAGAAGAUUUUUCCGGUGCUAAUUCCAUGGAAUUAUCCUUAGCCCAUGCACAUAUCUUAUCAAUUACACUUUGAACUCGCAAGGGAUCUGAACCUAUUAUUUUGAGAUCAUCGGCAAAAGCUUGGAUAGUUACAUCAUCAUCUGCGAGUUCAAAUACAGUAUUGAUAAAUAUGAUGAAAAGUAUUGGCCCAGAGACACUACCCUGAAUAACUGCUUGACUGUAAAGUAAGAAGUUUUCAGAUCGACUGAUGAUGUACAAGCAUGUGCUGGAUUACUUGUUUUCACAAAUCGAACAUUACAAUCUGAUAAAUGUGUUCAUUCUUUAAGGUUUGUUUUUAACAUAAGAAAUGUUUUUUAAUCAGAUUUUUAUAGUUGUGAUCGAAUGUCAUCAAGUGAUGGUGUUUUCAAAAAAUUGGUAGUUUGUGGAAAACGUCAGUCGUGCACAGUAUCAACUUCUAGCGUUCCAACAACUCAGUUAACAAGUAUCAAUACGUCUACAGGAACAAUUUCAAUUCAAACUUCUACAACAUCCAUUGGAUCUACAGAAUUAUCCUCAACUAUUGAACUAACCUCGACUCCAAGAACUUCGACUAUUUCGACUAGCAGCUCUACAACACCAACAUUUGGAUCGAGCUCAACCUUGUCAAUCACAUCUACAGCUUUAACUGGAAGCUCCACAUUCAGCUCUACACCAUCCGCAAUUAGUAGUCCUAAAACAACAGUUUCAAUUUGUGACAGUCAAAAUUGUGAUGAUGGAUGGUUUGAAACUUCCAGAAAUGGAAUCAGAUUAUGUUUACAUGUAAGUGGAAAUAUUCGAAAUAAUUUGAAAAUUAUCAAGUUUUCAGUUAUUCUAUCAUCCAACAACAACAUUCAAUGAUGCUGAAAAUUACUGUGCAAGUCAAGGAGGAGCUGUUUUAACUGGACCAGAUAGUGAUCCAGAAUACAAUUACAUCAUUGGUAUAAAUAAAACUAAAACUAAAAAAAACCAUUUUGAAUUUCAGGACAAAUAUAUAAUCAAUCAGAUAUUGUUGCUGGAUUAAAUCAAACAAAUUCAGAAAGUGUAUAUAUUGUAGUUGGAGCAAAAAGAACAAAUGAAUGUUUCAAUAAUAGUGGAACUAUUCCAGAAUGUCAGAAACCAAGAGUGAGUUCAUAGAUUAAAUUGGAAAAUGAAUGAAUAAUAUUUUUCAGGGAUUCAAUUGGACUGAUGGAAUAUCAGGAUCAACAAAUUCAUUAUUCAAUAAUCAUUUAGCUUCAAAUCAACCACAAACGUAAGCUAAUCAAAUAGUUUUUCGAAUGAUAAUUUCUGUUUUUAAGAUCAACUACUGAUGUUCGAGCUUGUGUUGGUAUUUUAGCUUAUAAAAAUAUUAACAACAAAAAUCUUGAUUUGGUUUAUUCGAUCAAGUAAGUUAAUAAUUGUUUGAUUGAAAACAUCGUAAUGUUUUAGAUGUGAUUCAUCAAAUACUGAUUCAAUUGAAAAAGAAUUAUUAGUAUGUGGAAAAUUAGGAUCUUGUCCAGCCGUAUCUACCACAAUUGGAACAACAUCAACUACAGUAAGCUCUGGAUCAUCAUCGAGUAGUAGCCUGGCAACUUCAACAUCAAGGUUAAGCUCUACAUCAUCAGCAGGAAUUACGUCAUCAACUGCAUCAACUACAGUAAGCUCUGGACCAACAUCUACCAGUAGUUCGGCAACUACCACAACAACAAAAUCAAAUGAAUGUAUUGAUUUUGUUUGUGAUGAAGGAUGGAUUACAACUACUAGAAAUGGAACACCGUAUUGUUUGAAAGUAAGUUGACAAUAUGAUAUCUAUUUUAUAAUUAAAAAAUUAAAAAACUUCCAGCUUUUCUUUGAAUGGACAAGAAACUUCACAGAAGCACAAAACUAUUGUUCUGAUAGUUAUAAUGCAGAUUUAUCAGGACCAGAAACAGAAAAUGAUUAUGAAAAUAUAAUGGGUCAGUUUUUAUUUGGUAAUUUCGUUAUUUUUCAAAAAUCAUUCUCUAGACCAAGCGUAUUCCGAUCCUGUUAUUCUCGCUGGUUAUAAACAUAGAAAUUAUACAAAAGUUUAUAUGGUUAUUGGAGUAAAAAGAACAGAAAAUUGCACAACUGAUUCUGGAACAAAACCAGAAUGUGCAUUACCAAAUGUGAGUUGGUUUUUCUAAUAAUUUUAAAUUAUCUCUAAUUUUAGGGUUAUGAAUGGACAGAUGGAGUAAGCACAUCCAACUAUUUGUUCCAAAAUCAUUUCAUUGAAAGUGGACCGGAAACGUAAGUUUGAUUGAUCUGCUUGACUAAAAAGUAAGAAAAUUUCAGAUCGACUGAUGAUGUACAAGCAUGUGCUGGAUUACUUGUUUUCACAAAUCGAACAUUACAAUCUGAUAAAUGUGUUCAUUCUUUAAGGUUUGUUUUUAACAUAACAAAUGUUUUUUAAUCAGAUUUUUAAAGUUGUGAUCGAAUGUCAUCAAGUGAUGGUGUUUUCAAAAAAUUGGUGGUUUGUGGAAAACGUCAGUCGUGCACACUAUCAACUUCUAGCGUUCCAACAACUCAGUUAACAACUAUCAACACGUCUACAGGAACAAUUUCAAUUCAAACUUCUACAACAUCCAUCGGAUCUACAGAAUUAUCCUCAACUAUUGAACUAACCUCGACUCCAAGAACUUCGACAAUUUCGACUAGCAGCUCUACAACACCAACAUUUGGAUCGAGCUCAACCUUGUCAAUCACAUCUACAGCUUUAACUGGAAGCUCCACAUUCAGCUCUACACCAUCCGCAAUUAGUAGUCCUAAAACAACAGUUUCAACUUGUGACAGUCAAAAUUGUGAUGAUGGAUGGUUUGGAACAUACAGAAAUGGAAUCAAAUUAUGUUUACAUGUGAGUGAAAAUAUUCGAAAUAAUUUCAAAUUUAUCAAUUUUUCAGUUAUUCUAUCAUCCAACAACAACAUUCAAUGAUGCUGAAAAUUAUUGUGCAAAUCAAGGAGGAGCUGUUUUAACUGGACCAGAUAGUGAUCCAGAAUACAAUUACAUUAUUGGUAUAAAUAAAACUAAAACGAAAUAAUAAUUUAGAUUUUUAGGACAAUUAUAUAGUCAAUCAGAUAUUGUUGCUGGUUUAAAUCAAACAAAUUCGGAAAGUGUAUAUAUUGUAGUUGGAGCAAAAAGAACAAAUGAAUGUUUUACUGAUAGUGGAACUAUUCCAGAAUGUCAGAAACCAAGAGUGAGUUGAAAGAUUUAAUUUAAAAAUGAAAAUAAUAUAUUUUCAGGGAUUCAAUUGGACUGAUGGAAUAUCAGGAUCAACAAAUUCAUUAUUCAAUAAUCAUUUAGCUUCAAAUCAACCACAAACGUGAGCUAAUCAAAUACCUUUUCAAAUCCUAAUUACUGUUUUUCAGAUCAACUACUGAUGUUCGAGCUUGUGUUGGUAUUUUAGCUUACAAAAAUAUUAAUAACAAAAAUCUUGAUUUGGUUUAUUCGAUCAAGUAAGUUAAUAUUUGUUUUAUUAAAAACAUAAUAUUUUUAGAUGUGAUUCAUCAAAUACUGAUUCAAUUGAAAAAGAAUUAUUAGUUUGUGGAAAAUUAGGAUCAUGCCCAGCUGUAUCCACUACAAUUGGAACAACUAUCACAACAACAGUUCCGAAUGCUGUGACUGAAUCUACAACUCAACAAAGUUCAAGCUCUCAAUCACCGUCGACUAGUAGCCCAGCAACUUCUACAACUCAACAAAGUUCAAGCUCUCAAUCACCGUCGACUAGUAGCCCAGCAACUUCUACAACUCAACAAAGUUCAAGCUCUCAAUCCCCGUCGACUAGCAGCCCAGCAACUUCCACAACAUAUCAAAGUUCUAGCUCUCAAUCACCAUCGACUAGCAGCCCAGUAACUUCUACAACACAUCAAAGUUCAAGCUCUGAACCAACCACUUUAACAUCUACUACAGGAUCUACAACUGGUGCAGAAUCAACAACUAUAUUCCUUCCUACAAAACCAAAUGUUUCGAAUAAUUCUACAACAGUUCAAACGUCAACAACAUCCAUUGGAUCUACAGAAUUAUCUACAACUAUUGAACCAACCUCAACUUCAAAAACUUUGACAAUUUUGACUAGCAGUUCUACAACACCAACAGUUGGAUCGAGCUCAACCUUGUCACCAACAUCUACAGCUUCAAGUAAAUCAACUACUUCUGUACAAACAUCGACAACCAGUCCGGUAACAACAACAUCAAGUUUGAGCUCUACAUCUUCACCAGGAACUUCUGCCUCAUCUCUAUCAACCACAGUUAUCUCUAAAUCAUCAUCAACUAGCAGUCCUACAACACUUACAACAACGGCUUCAACUUGUGACAGUCAAAAUUGUGAUGAUGGAUGGUUUGGAACAUACAGAAAUGGAAUCAGAUUAUGUUUACAUGUAAGUGGAAAUAUUCGAAAUAAUUCCAAAUUUAUCAAUUUUUCAGUUAUUCUAUCAUCCAACAACAACAUUCAAUGAUGCUGAAAAUUAUUGUGCAAAUCAAGGAGGAGCUGUUUUAACUGGACCAGAUAGUGAUCCAGAAUACAAUUACAUUAUUGGUAUAAAUAAAACUAAAACGAAAUAAUAAUUUAGAUUUUUAGGACAAUUAUAUAGUCAAUCAGAUAUUGUUGCUGGUUUAAAUCAAACAAAUUCGGAAAGUGUAUAUAUUGUAGUUGGAGCAAAAAGAACAAAUGAAUGUUUUACUGAUAGUGGAAAUAUUCCAGAAUGUCAGAAACCAAGAGUGAGUUGAAAGAUUUAAUUUAAAAAUGAAAAUAAUAUUUUUCAGGGAUUCAAUUGGACUGAUGGAAUAUCAGGAUCAACUAAUUCAUUAUUCAAUAAUCAUUUAGCUUCAAAUCAACCACAAACGUGAGCUAAUCAAAUAUCUUUUCACAUCCUAAUUUCUGUUUUCAGAUCAACUACUGAUGUUCGAGCUUGUGUUGGUAUUUUAGCUUACAAAAAUAUCAACAACAAAAACCUUGAUUUGGUUUAUUCGAUCAAGUAAGUUAUAGAUUAUUUCAUCAGAAACAUAGUAUUAUUUCAGAUGUGAUUCAUCAAAUACUGAUUCAAUUGAAAAAGAAUUAUUAGUUUGUGGAAAAUUAGGAUCUUGUCCAGCUGUAUCUACCACAAUCGGAACAACUAUCACAACAACAAUUCCGAAUGUUGUGACUGAAUCUACAACAACACACACUUUAACAUCUACUACAGGAUCUACAACUGGUGCAGAAUCAACAACUAUAUUCCUUCCUACAAAGCCAAAUGUUUCAAAUAAUUCUACAACAGUUCAAACGUCAACAACACCAAUUGGAUCUACAGAAUUAUCUACAACUAUUGAACCAACCUCAACUUCAAAAACUUUGACAAUUUUGACUAGCAGUUCUACAACACCAACAGUUGGAUCGAGCUCAACUUUGUCACCGACAUCUACAGCUUCAAGUAAAUCAACUACUUCUGCACUAACAUCAACAACCAGUCCGGUAACAACAACAAAGGCUUCAACUUGUGACAGUCAAAACUGUGAUGAUGGAUGGUUUGGAACAUACAGAAAUGGAAUCAAAUUAUGUUUACAUGUGAGUGAAAAUAUUCGAAAUAAUUUCAAAUUUAUCAAUUUUUCAGUUAUUCUAUCAUCCAACAACAACAUUCAAUGAUGCUGAAAAUUAUUGUGCAAAUCAAGGAGGAGCUGUUUUAACUGGACCAGAUAGUGAUCCAGAAUACAAUUACAUUAUUGGUAUAAGUAAAACUAAAACGAAAUAAUAAUUUUGAAUUUUAGGACAAAUAUAUAGUCAAUCAGAUAUUGUUGCUGGAUUAAAUCAAACAAAUUCAGAAAGUGUAUAUAUUGUAGUUGGAGCAAAAAGAACAAAUGAAUGUUUCAAUAAUAGUGGAACUAUUCCAGAAUGUCAGAAACCAAGAGUAAGUUCAUAGAUUGAAUUUAAAAUGAAAAUAAUAUAUUUUCAUUCAGGGAUUCAAUUGGACUGAUGGAAUAUCUGGAUCAACAAAUUCAUUAUUCAAUAAUCAUUUAGCUUCAAAUCAACCACAAACGUAAGCUAAUCGAAUAGUUUUCGAAUGAUAAUUCCUAUUUUUCAGAUCAACUACUGAUGUUCGAGCCUGUGUUGGAAUUUUAGCUUACAAAAAUAUCAACAACAAAAAUCUCGAUUUGGUUUAUUCGAUCAAGUAAGUUAUAGAUUAUUUCAUCAGAAACAUCAAAUUAUUUUAGAUGUGAUUCAUCAAAUACUGAUUCAAUUGAAAAAGAAUUAUUAGUUUGUGGAAAAUUAGGAUCUUGUCCAGCUGUAUCCACUACAAUUGGAACAACUAUCACAACAACAAUUCCGAAUGCUGUGACUGAAUCUACAACACAAAAAUCAACUAUCACAACUGGCUCUUCAAGCUCUCUGGCAACAUCAACCAUCAGUUCAACAUCAACAUUUAAAUCGAGUUCCACUGGAACUUCUACUUCAUCUCAAACAACAACAGUGAGCUCUAAACCGUCAUCAACUAGCAAUCCAACAACUUCAACCGCUAAACCAAGCUCAACUUCGUCACCAACAUCUACAGCUGAAACUUCCACAGUCAGCUCUAAAUUAACAUCGACAAGCAGUCCAACAACAACUAAAACAGUUUUAUCAACAUCUAUUUCAAGCUCAACCUUGACAACAACUACUGUUCCAGUAACAUCCAGCACUGUCACACAACCUACAACAACGGCUAAAAUCUCAUCCACCACUCUUCUCACAACAACCCUUGCAGCAACUACUACAGCAAAAACUUGUAACUCCACAAGUCUUACAUGUGCUGCGGGUUGGACUUUGAUACAAAGAUCAACAACACGUAGAUAUUGUUUGAAGGUUUGUAAAAGUACUAGGAGAUUCAAAACUGAAACCCUAAUUUCUAAUUUCUAGAUUGUUUCUGGUUAUAACAUGUCCUACGAUGAUUCUCAAAACGCUUGUUCAAAAUUAGGAAAUACCUGCUAUUUAUCGGGAAUCGAGAGUUCCAGCGAAUUUGACACAAUUUCCACAUUGCUACCAGCCAACGAAACAGCUUCUUGUGUGACAAUCGCGGCCAAACGAUCUGACGCAUGUGCAACCACAGUCGAUGCAACUGAAUGUUCAAAGUUUAAGGUGAGAAAAAAGGCAAAAGCAAAAGAAAAGUUGAGAAUUCUAUAGGCUUAUUCUUGGGAUGAUAGUGGAAACACCCAUUAUUUGGACAUUUUCCAAAAUUCUGAUACAAAUGGCUGUUUUGCUGAUGGACAACCAACAACAAGUUCAACGGCGGUAACACAGUGUAUUUCAAUUUCAUGCAAAGAUAAAAAGAUGUACUCAACAAAGUAAGCGUAAAAUAUGUGAAAAUUGAAAAUUUCUUUGUUUUUUUAUAGAUGUGAAACAGGAGAUCAAACAGGUGGAAGUAUUUCAGCUAUGAAUAAUUAUGCACUUUGUGCUAAACCAACUGAUUACUGUGCUUAAAAUCUGAGUUAUAAUAAAUCUUCAUCUAAUCUAUUUUCACUUGAAAGGGUAGAAAAAGGUAGAAACCGACAAAAUAUGAUAAAACAAGCUAUAAACACUCAAGAAAACUGUCAGAGAUAAUUUCAAAGCUUGAUACACUUGAAAUUCUAGAUUAAAUCCUCUAAAAAUCACAUAAAAUUAAGAAAAUGAAAAAAAAACUUCAAAAAAAAAACACACACACACGCCACAAACAACAUACAACGACAAUCCGUCAUGCCCGUUGUUUAGUAGUAUGUUUUUGUCAACGGAGCGCAUUUUCUUUGCUUUUUUUCUUUUUCGCUUUUUUUUUUUUGUGUUUUGUCAUUUUUUUCUAGCAAACAAAAUUGCUUUCUAUGAACCAGAGAAAUUCCAGAUCGCUCGAGAAUUCGGAUUGAGUGGGUAGAUGUUGGUUUCGUUUCGCACUCCGAUUUCAAUCAAUGAUGAAAACAAAAUGAUGAAUUUGACGAUACAACUGCUGAACUCAUUUCAGGUUAGUUUAAUGGAUUUUGGGUUUGGUUUUGGGUGAAAGAGCUCAGGUAAAUUUGAGGUAUAGUUGUAUUAUGUAGAAUUUGAGACGAGAUAUUGCUCAUAAGCCAGGACUUGUGGAAUAAGAGGAAAAUCCCUUGAAUGUUUUGUUUCAAUUUUUCUAUUAUUUUCAUAGUUUUUUUUUGAAUAUUCCAUUUGUUUUCAACUAGCUCUUGAAACUAGAACAGUGAUUUUUUUGUUUUUUUUUUGAAAGUUUCAUAAAAUUUAGAAAACCUGUGAAUAUUUGAAGUUUCACGUGGAAUGAGAAAUUUAAAUUUUAAAAAUCUUCAAAUAUUGCGAUCAAAAAUACAGUGAAAGAAAAAAUAGAUGCAUAUGAUAAUCUAUUUCCAGGACCUGCAAAAUCAAGCGAUUGGGCUCGAAAAAUUCAAAAAAUUGGAGAAAUCUAUAGACAACCGAUUGAAAUUAGUCGACUUCAUCCCGAAGACUUUGCCUUCCAUCAAGUCGAAUUCGAACAAGCUGGUUUGAGACAAGGAAACACGAAACUGUCGGUUGCCACGUUGAGAGGACAUCAGACACCUGCCCCUUUUUUGCAAAUGGUGAGUGAUUCAUUUUUUGGUGGAAAAUUGGGAGAAUUAUGAUAGUAAAUAUGUGAAAUAAGGUCAUUAAUUAUGAAAAAUUCAUCAAAAUUACAUUUUUUUCAAAAAUUCAAGAUUUUACUCAACCAGCAGCAGAUUUCUAGUUUCACUAGAAAAUUCAAAUUUUUUUGAAACAAUAUUUUGUUAUUUUCAAAAACUAUUCAUUUUGGCCCAUUUUCAGAUUUUUGAAAAAAACAAGUUUUUAUUUUUUUCACUGUUUCAAAAAAUUUAUGAAUUAUAGAAGUUAAUAAUUUCUCCAAUUGGAUGAUCAUUUGUUCUUUUCUACAAACCACCCAACAAAAAUUUAGGAAAUUCCACGUGAAUUUUUUAAUAGAAUUUUAUUUUUUUCGAUAAUAAAUCACGUGGAUUUUCAAAUACGGCAAAUUUGAGUUGUUCAAUAGUCGACAUAAUAAAACAUUUCAAAACUUAAAAAUCUAUGGAAUUUUUGAAACAGUAGAUUUUUGAAGAAGCAAUUAGGAAUGAGUUUUAUUUUUUUUCCACAAUGAAAUUUCCAAACUUUUCAAAAAUUCACACGAACAUUUCAAGAAAAACAUUUUUGAAAUGAAUUUUUUAUUUAUUUUGUCGAAAAAAGUGUUCACGUUAUGCUAGAUCUCUUUUUUUUCAGGUUCGAAGCUCAUUUCUCGAAAUGAUUUUAUUUUGUAUUGCCGGUAUUGGUUUCGCACUCCGAUUUCAAUGA